AUGGGCUUCCAAAGAUCAUCCCAGGACAUCGAUAUCAGGGAUAAGCAUAUCCUUACUGCUUACUGCCAGCGACCCACCGGGGAGCCUAGAUAUUCAGAGCUAGAUCUGGAUGAGUUCUUCGGAGCAAAGAAGGGACAAUUGGCCUGGAGUUCCCACGACUUCUCGAAAUGUUCACGCAAUGUUGAUUUCAAACUAGAAGGUCCCCAUAGCGAACCCAUGCUGCACGCGCAACUAGAUGAUGGUGAAGGAAACAUCCAAGACAGCCAGGUGAAUCUGGGAGAUUGCAUUAAGAACGUGGGUGGUCAGCUGAGUUUCAUGGAAUGUUUCUAG